UUACUGACUGACUACUGCUGCUUUUGGUAGAGGUGUAGUGACGAUCUUCAUAUUUGUUGCCAAGUUAUAUUUUUAUAAAUAGUUAGUAAAUCGGUUUGUGCGAACCACUGUUAGUAGGAAGUAGUAUCAUAUUUAUAUCACCUUUUUAUUAUUUACGUUAUACUUUUGUAACAACAACUGAGUAAAAAUUUAAUGACCUCAAAGGACGAGGAUCUUGAAUUUGGCAACGGUGAAGGCUCUGGUGGUGGCUCAAGUUCCGUCCUCGCCUGGGAACCAAAGGACAACAUGAAGCGGGCUGCUGCCAAGAAGCUCAUCGAACGCUACUUCUACCAGCUGACGGAUGGUUGUGGGAACAGCACUUGCAACAACGAACACUGUGCUUCAAGUGGAAAGGUAAAGGGAUUGUCUCCAAACCAAGCGGCUGCUCAAGCGAUCCAGCUGUUCCGGGAGGACGCGCGGCUCUGUGAAACGUUACCACCCAAGGUCCCGCGUACCCAUGAUGCACCAUUCCCUCGCACUCACUGCAACGACUGUGUCAAGCCUCAUCCAUCACCGCACGUCAAGCUGCCUCAGCCUGGCAAAUCUACCCUGGACGAGGCCCAGUUGUUGCGAGUUCUGGAGACUUGUCAGGCAGAAAACAAUUACGCGUUGCUCAUUAGAACAUUGGGCGAAGUGUACUCGUCCCCGGAGAGCCUUGGUCGCAGCUUCCUCAAGGGCGAGACGUCACCUCUAGAUGCAUUUGCCCCUAGUCAAUUGGCUGCUAUGAGGAAAGAGGAGGUGAGGGAGUUGGAGGGUGAGACGGAGAAGGACCAAGACAGUGUUGCCAUGGAGAGAGGGGAGGUGGAGUCUUGUAGUGAUAAGAUCAACAUAGACCUGGCCUCGCUACGCAGAGCUUAUCAACAACUGUUCUCCUUGUCGGGCAAUCUCUAUGAGAACGCUCUCGUCCAAGCGCUCGUCACCCUCUCAGAGAACAUGGAGCUGGACCUGAAGAUGUCGGGUUGUGGACGCAGUAUGGAAGACGGCGGCGGCUGUCCGUUGGAGACAGUGUUGAACGCUCUCAUCAUCGCCUUGGAGAUACCGACACUGGGCGGCUCCGACUAUCUGGAGCUGGCUCUGCCGCGACUGUGUAAAGCUGCCGCCCUGCUGCCCAUACCCGCCCAGGCCAGGCUAGCCAGGAUCUGGGCACGACAUUGUCCUGAUAGACUCAAGAAUCUUCUAGAAGCCCUACAACAACUCAUCACGCUCAGGGUGAUAACAGGUCUGGGCGCGUCCAGGUUCACGAGAGACUACUGCGUGCAGGAUGAAGACACGAUAACUGCUCCGACCAAACUCAUGAAGAUCAUCUACUACGCCAACCUAUUGGCUGGUGAGCUUGAACCUCCGGACACUACAAUAGAGGAAGAGAUUCCAGAUGAUGACUACCUUACUCUACACAAGAGUCCGAGGCAACCUCAGGCGCAGGACCCUCUCUCUCAGGAACUCAAGGUGAAUGUGUUGGAGAGCCGGAAACCGUUUCUGCCAUUCUCCGAGUUCUACAACGAGCCUCUCUCUGACGCAGUAGAGAUGGACAAAGACUUUGCCAACUACAAGAGCAGCGAGGGAGAUAGUUCUACAUCACCCAACAGCAAGUUCAGCUUUAUGAGGUACUCCUUCAUUUUAACUCCUGCCACAAAGACGCUGGGUUUGUACUACGACAACAGGAUACGGAUGUUCAGUGAAAGGCGGAUGAGCUUCUUUCAGACUGUGACGGGACAACCGACCAAUCCCUACCUUAGGCUGAAAGUGCGGAGGGACCACAUCAUCGAUGACGCCCUAGUAGAGCUAGAAGUAGUAGCAAUGGAGAACCCCAAAGACUUGAAGAAACAACUGGUAAUAGAGUUUGAAGGAGAGCAAGGAAUCGAUGAGGGAGGAGUGUCAAAGGAAUUCUUUCAACUUAUAGUAGAAGAAAUAUUUAACCCUGAUUACGGGAUGUUCACAUUCCAGGAAGAGUCGCAGACUGUGUGGUUCAACACGACAUCGUUUGAGAGCGACGCCCAGUACACGCUGAUCGGCAUUGUGCUAGGAUUGGCUAUCUACAACAACAUCAUCCUAGACGUUCACUUCCCUAUGGUGGUCUAUAGGAAACUGAUGGGGAAGAGGGGCACUUACCAUGACCUUGAAGACUGGAAUAGGACGUUGCACAGCGGCCUACAGGAUAUGUUGAACUACGAAGGCGAUGACCUAGAGUCAAUUUUCAUGCAGACGUUCAGAGUCUGUUAUACGGAUAUCUUCGGCUCCGUGCUUCACCACGACCUCAAACCUAACGGAGACUCUGUGUUCGUCACGCAGGAUAAUAAGAAGGAAUUCGUGGACCUAUAUGCGGACUUCUUGUUGAACACGUCGGUGGAGAGACAGUUCCGUGCGUUCAGAAGAGGUUUCCAGAUGGUGACCGACGAGAGUCCGUUGAGCUUACUGUUUAGACCUGAGGAAGUUGAACAGCUGGUCUGCGGCAGCAAGAGGUUUGACCUGGCCGAGCUGGAGGAGGUGGCCGAGUAUGACGGAGGUUACACCAGUGAUUCCCUCGUGGUCAGAUGGUUCUGGCAGAUCGUUCACACUCUCACCCCCGAGGACCAAAGGAAGCUGUUGCAGUUCGCUACAGGCAGUGAUCGUGUUCCGGUCGGAGGCCUUAGCAAACUGAAGCUCAUCAUCGCCCGCAACGGACCAGACUCUGAUAGGUUACCUACAGCCCAUACGUGUUUCAACGUUCUUCUUCUCCCUGAGUACGAGAGUAAAGAGAAGCUAAGCGACCGUCUAAUAAAAGCCAUCAGCUAUUCAAAAGGUUUCGGCAUGUUAUGAGCGGUUGCGUCGGUGAAACCUUUUACUCGGCGCUUGGUGUACAGUGCUUAGCGCCAACUCAUGUACAGUAGUCUUAACAUCUGGUAAAUGAUUUUGUUCCUUUGAGUUUACUGCUCCUUGUGUUAUAAUUUAUUUAUAGAUUAUUCGAUUGUACAGACCGGCAUUGUAGUUUUGUACAAUUUGUAGAGUAAGGAACGUUUAUGGAUUGUUUGCAAAAACAUGUUAAAUGAAAAAUAUCUCCGAGUUUGUGAGGUUUGCGUUAAAUAGUAUUUUGUAUCUUUGUAAUAUUUCUUGGUUGUGUUCUCUAAAAAUUGUGUUUAUAUUUGUGAUUGCCUGAAAUUUUAAAUUAGCUAGAUCAUUGAAAAUUUGUAAUAAUUUUAAGGUUAUGUAUUAAAACAAAAAUAUUUUUUGUACUUUGAGGAAAUCAGUUAAAAAUUUAAAAAUGAUUAGGAGUGUCUUUUAUUUAGUCUGUGAAAAUCCAGAGAUAAUAAACCAAUCUAUUAUAUUUUAUUGUUUAUGUAUAUUAAGUUUAUAGCUUAUUUAUUAUUGUGUCUACUGUGUUAAAAGAUAAACUGAAAUAUUUCUCUUGUGCUUGUUGGAGAUUGUUAAAUAAAUAUUUGUAUCAAA